AUGGCAGGUGUGGCACGCCGGGCACGUGUCUCAUUGACUUCAGAUCGUGGAAAGCCCAAACGUGAAAAAGCUGGGUCACCACGAAAAGUUAGACUCCAUCCACCAAGAGGACGCAAGAUCCAGUACUCCCCGAGUAUCGUACAGACAGAGAAAUCAAGUGUCACAGCCUCAUCAGCCUCAAGUCCAGUGGCCAGAAGUAGAAUUGUGGAUCGAACAGAUUUAGCCGACUCACUCCAGCUUCUCAAUUCGCUCUUCGUGCGCAACAAGAACCAACACCGCAAUCAACUCUGGUGGAAGCCAUUCUGCCUACUUCGAAAUGCCACCCGGAAAUUUGUGAGUCUCCAGACACGAGAGACUGAGCUUCAGAAUCCAGCUCCAGUUAAUGCAACUGCCCCAGUCUCAGCCGCAAAAGACUUUCGCCGCCGCUUUGAGCUUGAGGCACAAGUAAGGCGUGAGAGAGAGAUUGUGGGCGAAUGGAUCCGCGAAGUGCUUUGUCCACGGUGUUAUGUCGUGUUCUCGGGAGUUGUGGCGGACACGCAAUUUGCGAAUCUUGGUGUUGUGUUGAUGGGUGUGUUGAGCGAAAUCGCGGGCGUGGUCGGGCUUCCGCGAAGUCGGACAGCAGAGACAGACGAGCGAGAGAGUUUAAUGCAGCAUGCACAGGCUACGAAAAAGCAGGCGAGAACUCUUACGGCACACAGUCUACAUGUCACAGGACCAGACAGAGGAAAUCUGGUAGAACGGGUGUAUGACAGUGACGAUCUAGGUGAAGUUGUCGAGCGGCAGAAGGAUUCACCCCAGGGAAAGGGGUCUACAACAAGAGGACACACAGAUGAUGACACUUGGCUGCCACCAUUGUCUGCUGCGGCAGAAGCCGUGGUGGAUGAAGGUACGAGAUUGGGUACGGCAAUAGAUCAGUGGCCAAAGGAUGAUUCUCAGUCACAGGAUGACGAUGCCGAGAUGGUCGAGGAGUCUGCGGAUGGUUCAGCCGCUAGCAAACCCAAGAAUUCUGCACCGAAGAACAAAGGGACAGCCAGACCUGUUCUGCAAGACCAACUGACCAAAGCAUCGACCAGGUCCUCCCAGAGUACACCUACCGCAAGUCCUCCUCCGCUAUCGUCCAAACCUAACAACAAUGAUCCUACCAUUCUAUCUUCAACACCAAAGUCUCAACCAGCAGCCGUCAAGGCGAGCGCACCAACUCCCACGGUCAAGGCGAACGUGUUGAAGAAGCACAAGAGACCGAGCGAGCAGAACAGCCCCUACUUACCAGAAAAGAACGUGGGACAGUCAACUGAGAAGCGCAGCGACAGCAAGAGCAUGGGAAAGAAGAUCAAGAAGAAGAGAAACGCCAUUGACGACAUGUUCGCUGGAUUUGGAUGA